AUGAAGAAAUUAGAUUAAGGAAAUUAAGUGAAGACUCAGUAAAAUAUAGAAUGGCUAAGAGAAAAGAUAUUGAUGUUUAUGGAAAACAAAGAAAGACAAAAAAUUAGUUCCUGCUCAUUAAAGACCAAACCAAAAUUAGAGCUAAAUCAAUAGUAUAUUUUAACUGAUGCCAUUACAAAUUAUCGUGUUAAAAUUAGUUCUAUGGCUACCAGAGUAUAACUGUGGGCUGCUCCUGUAAGUAAAAUAAGAAACGAAAGCCUGUAUCAGACCAUCAUCAGGACUCUUGACAAAAAAAACACCUUGGAUGAAUUUAUAGAUAAACAGUAUCAUAUGGUUACUGGUGAUAUCAAUGAUAGAUUAAAAAAGAUCUUUUAAUAUAUCCUAUUGCAGUCUAAUUUGAGCAACUUUGAUAAAACGGAAAAUAUGAAUACAAAAUUAACGUCAAAAAUGAAGAUAUCUUUGCCCAAAGAAUUAUGCUCAAUAACCUUUGAAUAACAAUAUCAAAGUACUAAUUAAACAAAUGUGCUCUGUAAUAUCUUUAAAAUCUUAUUUUUAGAUUUCUUUAGGAUUAGUUAGAAAGGUCUUCAUUGAAAUAUCAACUGAUAAACUAGGCCAAUUUUCUAAAGAAUUUCAAAUCUUGUCUAAGCAUUCAAUAUAUACAAUUCCAAUCAAUGGUAAUGUGCUUAAGUAAACAAUCUUUGACAGAUUUAAUUCUGAACAAAUUAAACUUUCUAGUAAGCCAUUAAUAAAAAAAUAAGUCAAAGAUUUAUUCUAGGUAUGAUUCCACUCUUUAAUUUAGUAAUAAAAAUAAUAGGAUAUUAUUGGAGAUAGUUAAGAUUCGGAUUUGUUCCCAAAAAUUAACUAUGACAAAAAUUAUAAAAUUGAUCCAUUUCAAAGUCAAAAGAAAGAAGAUUAAUCAUAUGAGGAUGAAAAUUGA